UUUUCCCUAUCAAAUUAUGUCUGGUCAAGAUUUACCUAAACCAAAGCGAAAGAAUGCGGUUAGUUUUUCAUCACCUUUCGAAUGCGAUAGUACAAGCUUGAAUCAAUGUGGACUCCCUCCAUUCACUCCAAAGGAAGAUAAGCCAUCUUAUUCUAGCAACAGCUCUAUCAGGGGAUUGUCUACUAUUGAUGGCUUCUCCGCGGCUGGGUCGGUUGUGGGUGCAGAUUGGCUGGACGACAUUGAUUUUGCUCUGGAAGAACUAACGCUGGAAAAUGACUUGGAAAUUAAAGAACGUGUCACUAGUAAAGAUGAUAAAUGUUUCGAAUUUAGUAAUGUUAAUUUAACAGCUGAGGAAGAGAUGGAGAUUGAGAGGAAAGUUAAAAGCCAGUUGGUUCAUGAAUUCAAGAAGAUCUGUGUUGAGGCUCAUGACAGAAAUAAACAAAUUAAGAUGAUAUUCCAAAGUUACCUUGAAGAAGCGAGGAUUUCUAUUUUGAACACUCGUAUCGAGGUAGAUGAAAACACUACAGAGACACUAGAACGAGCAGCAGAAGAGGAACACGCUAAGACACUCAAGAAGCGCGCAAAAAGGAAAGAGAGUAGGAAGGUGGAGAAAGAUACAACAGAUCGACAGACUUUGGCAGAUGCUGAAAUGGAUAAAGAAAAGGCCUUGGAGAUGGCAAACAUCAGGAAAAUUAACGCAGACUUGGACCGCGCUCGCACUAGGCGCCAAAAGAGUACCAAAAAGGUUGACAAGAAGAAAAUUUUCAAAAAGAAAAAUGCACUUCCUCACAUGGAAAUCAAGAAACUUGAGAGUGAUAGUGAAGUUCAUAGACUAAUCCUUCAACUAUACGAAAGUGGCCUCCAUGAAAAUGCAAGAACUUUGACCAAAGCUCUUACUGAGAAGGAAAUGUCAGAGAAAAGCUUACGUGAACAGAUGAAGAAGAAAGAGACAGCAGCAACAAACAGAGCAAUGUCGAGGUUACGCAGCGAACGAGUUGAAGAAAAGGCGCGUAAAGAGAGAGAAAAGUUAGAAAUGGAGGAACUAAGAAAAGAAAGAGAAGAAGAAGAAAGAAAGAAAAGAAUUUUGGCRGUGUUAAAGAGAAAAGCCAGAAAUCAGGAACGACAGCGGUGGGCGAUGACAUCAUUUCUUGGGACAAGAACCUCAAGGCCGUAUAGCUUUUCGUAUUUCUAAACAGUAUUUAAGGAUCAAUUAAAUGAAAUCUUUUCAUGUCAGACUAAAGGAAUGGCCACGUUAUUUUACUAAAACUAUUUGUCCCUGUGCACUACUGUUAAUUUUGAUAUUCAGUUUCUUAUACUUACGACAAUGUUUUCCAUUUUUUCCUCGUCUCUCAUUAGUACGUUCAACGUUCCAAAAGUUUCCUUUUUAUUCACUUGAUAUUUUGAUAUUCAAUUUCUUAUACUUGUGACAAUGUUGUCCACUUUGUCUUCGUCUCUCAUCAGUUACGUUUAAUGGUCCCGCAAAGGUUCCUUUUUUCUAUUAAAUAUACCCAAGCAGUCCCAACUUGUUGCCGCUAGUCAUUAUCAUUCAGUUUUUUGUUGACUGAGCAUGGUGUAUACAACCAGUCGAUCUGUGAGUUAGCCAAUAAACCUAUGGCUAGUGUUUCAGGGUUCAAUCUGUGAGCUAUAGGCGUAUCCCGAAUUUGAUCAGC